AUGGCAGCUUCUAUCUUAGACUAUUACUGCCGUGGUUUCCAGCCCAACACCUUUGACCCUUCUCGGUGCGGGAGCUGUCUGCGGCCUGACUACAUGCAUCUAAACAUCAGCCCUGACAAAGAAGCUGAGCAGAAGCUGAAUGCAGAAGUUGAUGAUGAUGCAAGUGACCUUUCUGAGGUGAUCACUGUGAGCAGUGAUGACAUCAGUGGUGGCUGGACGUAUGAGUGGAGUCUGGGCCACAGCUUGAGUCCUGAAUGGGAACUUAAUAUCUGUGAUACUCACAUACAACCCAGGUGUCCAGGCUUUUGGGACAAUUCACCCAGGACCAGAUCGCAGAACUCAGAGAGGUAUAUUGAUGAUAUGACCAGAUUUAACCCAUCUCCCCAGCGCAGCACCGACAGCCCCUGCAUGGAUGACAGACGAGGGAGGAACAGGUCUCGGAGACCAUCAGAAAAUUGUGAAAGAGAAAGAGGCUUCUUAUCGCCAGACAGAAGAGAGAACAGUAACCUUGAGUCCAUCUCCCAUCAAAGUAAACAGAGGUCAUAUGAGGGCUCUCAUUCAUCAACCAGGACAGCUGUCAACAGCGCUGUGCCCACUCACACACGCAACAGCAGAGAUGUGUCUCCUUCAAGGAAUGGGUAUGGCACACGCAGCAACUCGCCGCACAAGGAGAAUGGGUCCAGAGAAAGCAUGCUCAGCCCCUUACAGGGGUCAUGGCAAGGAUCCUCACACUCUCUUCUCAGCAACCCUGCGUCAAGGGGCUCUUCGUCAUCAAUGCGCAAAACUGACAUUCACAUGCUGGCACCUGAGCCUGUCUUCCAUGCAGCUGAUGUUCCUGAAGUGAAUCGCUCUUAUGACAGGAGCCGGAGCAGUGGGAGGAGAGGAAUGGAUGCUCUACUAAUUUCUGAAUCCAAGAAGACAGCAGAAAUAGUGGAAGAGGUGGGAAUGACCAUAGACGACUACAUCGAACUGGCUGAUAUUCCAAAGAUUUACCUGGAAUCUGAAGAGGAAUAUGUCGGACUUAGAAAGAGAAACCAAAGCCCAAGUCCCUGCAGAAAUCAAAGAAACAAGAGUGAGAGGUACACAGAUGAAACACUUGUGGAUAGUUCAAGACUGGAUUCAGAUUAUAGGGGACGAGUGAGAAACAUGAACAACAAAAUGACAUACGCCAUCACCACAGACACAGUUAAUUUGUAUGUAAAGGCGUGGCUGUCUUUUCUUGAUGAGCAUGGAAAGUGGAGAAAACACUGGUUCGUUUUAGGAGAAUCUUCAGUAAGAUACUACAGAGAUUCUGAAGCUGAGGAGUCUGAGGAUCCAGAGGGUGAAAUUGACUUGAGGUCUUGUCUGGAUGUCUCAGACUGUGAUGUGCAGAAAAACUAUGGGUUCCAAUUGCAUACAAAGAAAACAGUGUUCACUCUCUCCGCCAUGACCUCUAAGAUACGACGGAACUGGGUUAAGUUACUAAAGCAGGCCAUCCAGAACAAGUCACACCAAUCAGAGACCGGCAGCGAGAAAGCGGACCCUCUCUCCCAGAGACGGUCACCAUGCCAACCCUCCAGUCAGUUCACGGAGGAGUCCAGACACAAACCUGCGGUGCACUCCCACCAGGACUUGUCCCAAAGAGAAGAGGGAGAGGGCUGGGAUCGGGAGCAAGCCAAGCGAUUGGAGGAGAGGAAUAAGUGUCAUAGCAAAGCUGAUGUCUUCCAGAAAGAGCAGGUGGAAAGCAUUGAAAAGGAUCACUCAGCCCUGGGAGUAGUAGUAGACAGUCCUUGUGGCCCUGGAGCCCCUUGUAGAGCCAAACUGGAAGCCAUGGUAGAAUCUCACCAGAGAGAAUUACAGCAGCUACGAGAGAAACAUGAUCAGGAGAUCAGAGAGCUGAAGGAAGAGCAGGAAAACAUGCUUAAAGAAGUAAACCAGGCCUCUGCUAAAGCUUUGGAAAAAUUGAAAGCAAUGCACUUAGAGGAAAUGGAGAAAGUAAAGGAAAGAAGCCAAGGAGAGGAACGAACAGUGGAGCCACCGCAGAACGUGUAA